AUGCUGCUGCGCUGCAGCGUGGGCCCCCGGGGGGGCCCCCAGGCCAGCUUGGGGGCCCCCGGGGGGCCCCCCCUGGACUGGCUGCUGCCCUCUAGUGAUUUGCAUGCCAUUAGGGUACUGCUGGGGGCCUCUGCUGCUUCCUUAGUUGUCUCUGUGGGCCUCUUUUGCUGCGGGGCCCUUUGGGGGCCCCCCGAACUCCGCAGAGACAUUGACUACUGCCACGGCUGCACAAGCUGCCCCCCGCCGGGCCUCCCAGCAGCAGCAGCAGCAGCAGCAGCAGCAGCAGCAGCAGCAGCGGGGGGUCCCCACGUGCAGCUGCAGCAGCGGCCGCACGACCCCUGGGCGCUGCAGCAGCAGCUGCAGCAGCAGCAGCAGCAGCAGCAGCCGCAGAAGCGCUUCUUGCAGCUAGCGUCGUUUAAUUCCGGGGCACACAGCAGCAGCAGCAGCAGCAGCAGCAGCAGCAGCAGCAGCAGCUCUGCUGCGACGCAGCAAGGCUUCCUCCCUGGCGAGGGCCUCCGCAGCCACGGGGGCCCCGGGGGCCCCGGGCAGCAGCGCUGGCCGGGUGCUGCUGCCUUGCGGCGGGUCUUGCUGCUGCUGCAGCGCAGCAGCAGCCGCAGCCCAAGAACUUUGGGUCUUUAG